ACCGAUAUGUUUGAUUUAUUUACCUGGGAAUGUGAUGAUGUAAGCUGCUGUGAAAGUUAUCGGUUUCGGGUGCUGCUUCUGUUUGUCUCAUUAUCGUUUAUCGUUUUGGCAAUUAUUGUUGCGCUGGUUUGGUUAUCCUUCGAAUUUAGGCCUUCAUACAGCUUUAUGAAGUGUUUUUCUUCAUCUACUAAAGUA